UCACUGAUGGCAGGGAAAGGCGGGGCAUGUCUCCAGUUUAAAUGAACUAAACUAAACCCUGGGCAGGGCAGUCCAGUGGGCACUCAAAAAGAGUUUUAGGGUUUAGGAAGAAGAUGGGGUUGGCCGGGAUGGAAGUUCCAAUUAUCGGCUCCGAUUCCGUCAACUGGGUUGAGCUCUUUGUCUCUCCUUCAUCCUCUACUUCUACUUCUACUUCUACUUCUACUUCACCGCCUUUCGCCCCUCUGACCGUAGAGGAUUACUCCUCCUCUUGCUCUAUCAUUCAACAUCAUCACGAUUCUCCUACCUAUCUCAUAUGGAGAAUUCACAAAACCCUUCCUCAUUCCCUUGAAUUGCUACAGCUUUCUUCUUCUACUAAUGCAGGUUUUCCUUCCGUCGGUCUUCGAUUCACUUUCCCCGAUGCGCUCUCUCCCUUCGCUUCUGUUUGUGUCUCCCAAAAUCAGAUUACUCUCUAUGUUUUGACCAUCUCGGGACUCGCUUACCUCUUAAAACUCACCAACAACAUUUCCACCUAUAAUGUUUCCAAUUCCACUUUCCCACCAGAUCAUCUUUUUGAGUUUGAUAUUCGUCGCACUCAUUCCAACCAUGGGCCCAUCACGUCUGUAGCAGCAACCGCAGGCUGUCUUGUAGCUGGCUUCAAUGAUGGAUCUGUCUGCUGCUUCCAACUUGGCACCAUACUUGACCACACUGCUCCUGGUUUUGUCCAUGAGCUGCGCGAUGAUCCAGGAAUGGGUCGUUUGUGGGGUUUCAUGUCCAGGGGUAGGAUUGUAGGACCUGUGCAGGACUUAGUAAUAUAUGAGGUGCAUGGAAAACAAUUUCUAUUUGUGCUUCAUUCUGAUGGGAUCUUACGAGUAUGGGAUAGUACAAGUCAUAGCAGGAUCUUUAGUCAUUCAAUGAGCAUUCCAGAAUUGGCAGGAGCUACUUUUAAAAGGUUAUGGGUGGGCCAAGUUGAAAAUGAUUCAAGUAUAAUUCCAUUGGCUAUCUUGUAUGGAGAAACCUCGGAAGUAAGCUUGGAGAUGAUCUAUGUAUAUGGCCUCCAUUGUAGUUUUGGUGACAGGACCAUUUUGUUGCUGGAGCCUUCUGUUCAAAAUAUACUUUUGGAGGAGGGGGGAUGCAUUGAUGUCAAACUUACCUCAGACAAGAUAUGGAUACUGAAAGAUAACGGAUUGGUGUUUCACAACUUGUUACUUACAACUGUUAAUGUGGAAGAAGCACAAUGUUAUGCCUUGCAGGAAGAGUUUGUGGCUGACCAGCUAUUUCAAAGUUCUGAACAUUGUUCAGAUGAUCUCCUUUGGAUAACACAUUCAAUAUUUUCAUCUGGAAAGGAUCAUAUUGUGCCAUUUGUAUCCUCAAUUUUCUUACGCAGGCUGCUUUGUCCUGGUAUUCAUCAUAAUAUGUCUUUGCGUGCAACUUUGCUGGAUUACAAUAGGCACUGGUCUGAUUCAGAAUUCCAGUCCUUAACUGCUGAUGGACUGAAAAAGGAAAUCCUUUCACUGAUUGAACAUGAGGGGUCCACUGAAAAUUCAUCAGUAUUUUAUUGCUGGAAAAAUUUCUGUACGCGAUACUACCAUAACUGGUGCAAGAACAAUGCUCCAUGUGGUUUGUUUGUUGACUCCUCUUCAGGUGCUAUUGGUUUAAUCAGAAAGAAUUCAUUCUCUCUUUUUCGCUGUAUGGAGGAUAUUGAGCGGCUUAUCAGUGGUUCUUCUGAUGAACUUGGUGAUCUUGUAAGCUCUGGGUUAGAUUUAUUUGAUGAUGAUCUUGAGUGUGAGAUUCUUCUUGAAGUGUUCAGGUGUGUUAUUAGGAUCAGUCAACAAUUAGGCAAAACAGCUUCUGCCAUAUUUUAUGAAUCACUUGUUAGCGCGCCAAUUAUUUCAUCUGAAGAAAUUCUUCCUUGCGUAUCAAAGAUUCUAGGAACUGGAUAUAGUUCAUCAGCAGCAAUGCUCCAUAUAUCCGAUAUUGGAGCUGAUAUUGCUUGGGAGAAGAAAAUGGCAGAUCAUAAAAAUCUUCGGAAAUUCUCUAUUGACAUGCUUGUAUCUCUUCAUGCAUUGUGCAAAAGAGCUGACACAUGGGGAAUAGUUUUAAAUGUAAUUGAGAAUUUUUUAAAAUUUAUUGUACCUCGCAAAAUCAUACACGAUCUUGAUGCUGAAACACCAUCAAGUAUCAAUGCUGUCACCUUGGUCCAGGCUACUUCUCAAAUUUCACAGGUGAUGUUUGAAACUGCAAUGGAUAUUCUUCUGUUUCUAACCUAUCUGGUGAACAUAAGUGGGCAGAUCCAUAUGUGCCAUGAUGAUAUAUCCAGAAUACAACUUGAAAUGGUCCCAAUGAUUGAAGAAAUCGUUUCUGAGUGGCUUAUCAUUCAUUUCUUUGCCACCACACCAUCUCAACCGGCUGCAAUUGAGGAUUUCAGUUUGCAGCUUUCAUCAUUACAAAUUGACAGCAAUAUGGGUAAAAGGUCAUGGAAUGAGAAGCUUGGCAAAUGUCACUUCACAUUGGCUUUUAUACUUUUACUAAACAUGCAAAGUCUCCCUGGAGGUCAUACCCUCCUUUCUUCAAGAUGUCUCCCUAAUCCACAUGAUAUUAGUAAUUCGAUUCAAGACUUUACCAGCUGGAUCAUUUGGGGCAAGUCUAGAGAGCCCUCUUCAUUCUUGAGCCACUCAAGAGAGCUUGCACUGAUACUUCUUAGACAUGGCCAGUAUGAUGCUGCCGAGUACCUACUCACAAUGGUGGAGGCACAUUUACGGAAGGAGAAGACAUCUCAAAGUAUUCAAGAUAGUGAUAGUCAAUGGUGCAUACUUCAUCAUCUUCUAGGAUGUUGCUUCCUUGCUCAGGCACAAUAUGCAUCACAUGGACUGAUGAAAGAGAAGAAAGUCAAUGAAGCUGUUUGCUGCUUCUUCAGAGCAUCGUCAGGAAAAGGAGCUUCCCAAGCUUUGCAGAGUUUGUCUCACAAAGCAGGAUUUGAGCAUCUUAAUUUCACUGGUUGUGUAUCAGAUGCUGCAUGGAGAUUACAUUACUAUCAGUGGGCAAUGCAGAUUUUUGAGCAACAUAAUAUUAGUGAAGGUGCUUACCAGUUUGCACUUGCUGCUCUCGAGCAAGUUGAUGAAGCUCUAAGUCCUAAUGGUGAAAACUCAGGUGGAGAUCCAUUGAGUGAAUCAACUGCCACUACCAAAGGAAGACUUUGGGCAAAUGUCUUCAAGUUUACAUUAGAUCUUAAUCACUAUUAUGAUGCAUAUUGUGCAAUAAUUACAAAUCCAGAUGAGGAGAGCAAAUACAUCUGCUUGAGGCGUUUCAUAAUUGUUCUUUAUGAAUGCGGCGCCAUGAAGAUUCUUUGUGGUGGUCAACUACCCUUUAUUGGCUUAAAUGAUAAGGUAGAACAAGAGCUUGCCCGUAAGGCAGAGCGUUCUGAUAUAUUGGCAAAGCCAAACUUAUAUAAGUUGCUGUACACAUUCGAAAUUCAUCGACAUAACUGGCGAAGAGCAGCAGGUUACAUGUACCUAUAUUCAGCUCGUUUGAGAAGUGAAGCAACUCUGAAAGACUACCAGAACACUGCUCUUGUGCUGCAAGAGAGACUGAAUGGGCUCUCUGCUGCUAUCAAUGCACUGCAUCUUGUUCAUCCUGCAUAUGCUUGGAUUGAUCCUCUGCCUGAAGGAAAUUCUCUUCACAAUGAGCAUUAUCCUCGUAAAAAGGCUAGAAAAGUGGAGGAACAGGCAGUGAGCAAUGAUGUUCAGUCUCAAAGAUGGCAGUCUUAUAUUGAUAUCGAGAAACUUGAGAAUGAGUUUGUGCUUACUUCAGCAGAAUAUUUUCUUUCAAUGGCAAAUGUCAAAUGGACGUUUACUGAAAUUCACAAUGCCUCAACAGAUUUGGUUGAUCUUCUGGUCCAGAAAAGUUUGUAUGAUAUGGCAUUUACAGUUCUUUUAAGGUUCUACAAGGGUUCAAGAUUGAAAAGGGAACUGGAAAGAAUUUUCUGUGCUAUGUCACUGAAAUGCUGUCCAAAUAAAGUAGAUUCUUCAUGUGUUCGGGAUGAUCUCAGGACACAUGGUCUUUUGUUGACAUCAUCAAAGAAUGAAAUGGCUGUUCAUGUUUCACAAGAUGUGUGUCCUGCAACUCAACAAUUUAAGCGGAAUACUCAAUGGGAAACUCUUGAGCUUUAUCUUGUAAAAUAUAGGGGAUUUCAUGCCAAAUUACCAGUUAUUGUUGCUGAAACCCUCCUUUCUAUGGAUCCUCAGAUUGAAUUGCCUCUUUGGCUGGUUCAGAUGUUUAAGGAUAAUCGAAGGGAAAGGACCUGGGGGAUGACUGGUCAAGAAUCAAAUCCUUCAUCAUUAUUUCGGCUAUAUGUUGAUUAUGGUCGAUAUACAGAGGCUACUAAUCUGUUACUUGAUUGUAUAGAAUCAUUGGCAUCAGCGAGGCCGGUAGACAUAAUCAAUCGGAAAAGACCAUUUGCAGUUUGGUUUCCAUACACAACAAUUGAGCGCCUAUGGCGCCAACUUGAGGAAUCAAUCAGUUCCGGUCGCAUGGUAGACCAUUGUGAGAAGCUCAAAAAGUUAUUGCAUGAAGCUUUACUGAGGCACCUUCAGCUGCUUAGGGUGGAUUCAGAUGAUGUGCCUUCUGCUGUCCAUUAAGUACUUCCAGAAAAUUUUGUAACAUGCUUGACACACUCAAAAUUGGGCGCUAGUGGCAGGAUCGACUGAUACUUACCAUACUUAGUAAAGGACAAAGAAGUGCCUUAACUGAGUGCAUAAAUUGCAUGAGUUUCCAUCAUAGAAAAUAAUGAUGGCGUUGGCUUAUUUGUUGGGCCUGGUUGCAGAAUCAUUAGAAACAGCCCGCUAGAAGCAUUUUGUAGAUUAGUUGAGGACAUCGAUACCCCAUACGUUGGAGAUAAACACUGCAAUGAGGAAAAUAUCUACUUCUGGGGCUAUGCAUUUUGAUUACAAUUCUGUAUGUUUUGAGGACUGGUGGGGGGCGAAACGAAUGGUGGCCAACAAAAGCAAAUAUGUGGGCUUUUUGUGUUGGAUGUUUGGAGACCAACCGUCUUGCAAUUGGUAACCUGGAGUCAAUUAUGCUGGACUCUUGGCAGCUUUCUUUUCCUAGUCUCUCUUGUCCUCCCCCUCCCCUUCCCUCCCUCUUCUUGUAUAAGAAAAAUAGUUUGCUACCUUUUUAAAGUUUGCUAUUGUUUCUCAUGGAUAGUCUUAUAUGAGAUGUGAUUCAGAUAUUGGAAUGAUUUUUAAGUUCCCAGUUUACCAAUGUACGAAUAUUUUUAUUUGGGCUUUAACCUAAGCUACCUAAUAAUGUAUAUGUCUUAUUAUCUAA